UCGUCCUUCCCGACCUGCUCGCGCUGCUGCUGACGAAGCUCCUGGCGGCCGUCGUCGGCCCGGGCCUGCUCUCCUUCGGCUCCGUCGAGCUGUCGUGCCGGCUCGAGCUCUUCGGGCGCGCCUCCGCGGACGCGCGCGCGCACGAGCGCGCCUGGGCGCCGCGGGUCUGGCUCCGCGCGUGCGUCAGCGACUUUGGCAUCUCCAAUCCGCCGGGCUUCGGCCACGGCCACUUCUUCUUCGUCGAGUCCGUGCACCUGCGCCUCGGCGCGUCCCUCGAGACGCUCUGGGCCGCGCGGCGCCUCUUCCGCGUCUGGAGCCCCUUUCCCAGCGCCCAGAACCUGCCGCUGCGCGGCGGCGGCGCGCUCGCGCCCGUCGCCGAUCCGCGGAGCGGGACGCGCCGCAACGAGCACAUGCUCGGCACGAUCUACGUCGACGAGUUCGAGGCGCGCGGCGCGGCCAUCGCCUUCGAGACCCACAAGGGCGAGUUCUCCGUGAACGCGGUGACGAGGCGCUUCGCCGAGGCCGAGAUGCGACGCAAGGCGACGUUGGCGCGGCUCCCGCGGAAGACGCCCGGCGCGGAGCCGCCGAACCGCCUCGACGUCGUCGUCGUGGCCGCGCGGGCGCUGACGGGCGGGGCGGGCACCUGCGACCCCGUCGUGACCGUGCGCUGCCGGGGCGAGACGCGGCGCACGUCGACGGUCAUGAAGAACGUCGACCCGCGCUGGGACGAGGAGCUCACGCCCAUCCGGCUCAAGGACCCGUCGACGGUGAUCCACGUCAUGGUCCACGACGAGGAGCUGUUCCUGCACGACAAGCUGCUCGGCCAGUGGAUCAUCACGGCCAAGUGGCUCGCGAUGGACCCGCGCGCGUGCCACGCCUACGACGUCGAGCGGGCCGGACCCGGCGUGCUCGAGGGCUGGUUCCCGCUGAGCGACGCCGCGUGGGAGCGGCGCGGCGCCGUCGGCUUCGUGAAGCUGAAGCUCAAGUGGAGCUACGACGACGCGGGGCCCUUCAAAGACUGGAACCCGCUCCUCUACACGGGCGCCGCGCCGAAGAAAAA